AAUGGGCAUCUCUAAUGCCGGUUCUGCCAGCGUUCCCUCGUUAUUUUUUGUUUACAAUCUGCGAAAGAUUUAUUUAAAGCCACAGCAGUAAAUAACGCUCGCUUGGACGAUGGCAAAGCGGAUUUUGAUCAUCGACAAUGGCUCGUAUGAGUGCCGUGUGGGUUGGCAGAACAGCAAAGAGCCGGAAUUACGUUUCCGCAAUGUCUUAACAAAACCACGCAAGGACCGAAAGAAGGAGAAGAAUGGAACGGGUGACGCUGGUGGUAAUCCACCAGCAACAGCAGAUGCCUCAUCAUCCGCCUUGUUAGCAGAGGGGCCAGCUGAAAUUCAGGUGGGCAAUGAUAUUACCAAUAUCGAGGCCGUUCGUGCUCAUCUCAAAUCACCUUUCGAACGCAAUGUGAUCACCAAUUGGAAUCAUCAGGAGCAGAUUUUUGAUUAUGUCUUUACAAAAAUGGGAUUUGAGGGUUCCACAAGUAUUGAUCAUCCCAUUGUGCUAACAGAGGCCUUGGCCAAUCCCAGCUUUUGUCGUCAGCAGAUGAGCGAACUACUUUUCGAAUGCUACGGAGUGCCGGGAGUCUCCUAUGGUAUUGAUGCCCUCUACAGUUGGGAACACUAUCAGCAGCAGCAGCCAAAGCGUGGCAGGGAUGGCCUCAUCAUAAGCUUUGGCUAUAGCACAACGCAUGUUAUACCAGUCCUUGAUGGCCAAUUGCAGUUGGAGCAUGUGCGUCGACUGAAUGUGGGUGGCUAUCACAUCAUUACGUAUCUGUUCCGACUUAUGCAAAUGAAAUAUCCCGUCCAUCUAAACGCCAUCACCAUAAGCCGCAUGGAAAAGUUGGUCCACGAGCAUUGCCAUGUGGCCACGGAUUAUCGUGAAGAGCUAGUUAAAUGGUCGCGCAUGGACUACUACGAAGAUCAUAUAAUGAAAAUCCAAUUGCCUUAUAAUCCCGUCACUGCCUCAAAUGCCUUGCUAACGGCCGAACAGAAGCAGGAGAAACGUCGCGAAUUGGCCAUGCGGCUGUUGGAGAUUAAGAAUCGUCGCGAACGCGAGAAAAUGCAGGAGGAUGAGCAACAGUUACAGCAUUUCACUAAACUCCGGGAACUUUAUGAGCAGCAGAAGCUGCAGAAAUUUGAACGUGCCCUGGAGCAGCAACAGAUCAAAAGUCUAGAAGAGUUGGAUGAGCUUAUCCUAACCAUUAAAGGACGCAUUCAAAGGAUCAAAAAACGCCCGCCAACAGUGCCACGUUCCAGCAAACAGGACAGAAUGGCUAAACCACCGGAAGGUGUAUCCCAGGAGGACUGGCUCAAUGAAUUGCGGGCCAAGCGAGAGAAGCUGUUGCAACGCAAGCAGACACGACAGCAGCAGCGACAGGAGCAGGCCAAACGGCAUACACAUGCUGCCCAGGAGCGCAUGAGGAUUAUCUCGUCUCUGGCCCGGCACGAAAAGCGCCGCAAGCAACCGAAUGGCGAGGAGGAGGACGAUGGUUUCGGCAUGAAUGACAACGAUUGGGAUGUCUACAAGCGUAUAAAUCGCUAUAACGAUGACUCCGACUCAGAUGCGGAUACCGAACAGCUACUUGAGUAUGAGAAAAUUCUGGGCCACUACGAUCCCAACUUUGAUGAGGCCCAACCGGAUGGUCAGACAUCUCAGCAGAGCGCUGCAGAAAAUUAUCAGCUGCACUUUGGCGUAGAGAGCAUUCGGGUGUCUGAGAUUCUCUUUCAGCCCAGCAUGAUCGGUUGCUCUGAAGCCGGUCUGGCGGAGCUAAUAGAUUUCGUUCUCAAACUAUUUCCCGCGGAUAAGCAACAACGACUGGUGCAACAUGUCUACUUGACGGGCGGAUGUGCUCAAUUUCGUGGUCUCAAGGAGCGUCUGGCCAAGGAAUUGUUAGCGAUGCGUCCGUUUCAGUCCACUUUUGAAAUUUAUGAGUCGCCCGAGCCGAUCUUAAGCCCUUGGCUAGGUGCCUGCCUACAGGCCCGUGAUUCAAACUUUUCGCGCAUUAUGACCACACGUAAAAUGUACCAGGAAUAUGGCAGCAAUUAUUUCCAAUCUCAUCGAUCUAGCAAUCCUUAUUAUCCUACACCAAAAGAAUAAAUGUUAUUUUUGAAAAUUA